GUUGCUCAACCGCAUUUGCAGGUACCAGAGACGCACCGCGUCCACGAGAUGGCCGUGCCGGUGUGGUUCUUCUCGCUGGCCUCGCUUGGCGCUCUCCAUGUCGUUGCCAUCAGCUUCCGCCUCAUCGCCUACUUCUCGGUCUUCCUCCGCCGGCCCAUUGACCUGCGCCGCCGGUACGGCGCCUGGGCCAUCGUCACCGGCCCAACGUCCGGCAUCGGGCGCUCCAUGGCCCUGGAGCUCGCGGAGAGGGGCCUCAACCUCGUCCUCGUCGGCCGCGACCCGCCCAAGCUCGGGGACAUCUCCGAGAGGAUCUCCAGGGCUCACGCCGCCGUGCAGACCAAGACCGUGCUGUUCGAUUUCUCCCUCGUCUCCACCGCGCAAGGCGACGAGGCGAUGCGGCGGCUCCGGGAAGCCGUGGCGGGGCUGGACGUAGGGGUGCUGGUGAACAACGCGGGCGUGGCGAAGCCGGGGGCGGUGUACCUCCACGAGGUGGACGUGGAGGCGUGGGUGAGGAUGAUACGGGUGAACGCGCUGGCCCUGACGGAGGUGACGGCGGCGGUGCUGCCGGGGAUGCUGCGGCGAGGGAGGGGCGCCGUCGUGAACAUCGGCCCCGGGUCAUCGUUCGGCCUCCCGUCCUACCCCCUCUACUCCGUCUACGUCGCCACCAAGCGGUACGUUCUUGAGUUCUCCAGGAGCCUCACCGUGGAGUACAAGAGCAGAGGAAUCGAUGUGCAAUGUCAGGUCCCGUUCCUGGUGGAGACGAACAUGGUGUCGAGCGCGGCCAGGCUCGUCUGGCAGCUCGUGCUGACCCCGAACGCCUACGCGCGCGCGGCGGUAAGCUGGAUCGGGCACGGAUCGCUGUGUAUGCCCAACGCCGUCCACCGCCUCCAGGGAUGGUACCUCUGCUACUUCUCAUCAGAUUUCAUCACCGAUUGGUGGUUGUUACGGCGACACCUGAAGGAGAGGGUUAUCUUUCGGAGGCUCAGAUCAUGGAGGAAAUCACAGGGUAACUGUGUUGCUACCGGGAACAAUAGUGCUGGUGAUUAAAGCGAACGAAUUUGCUAAAUCUCAUAUAGGCUAUGUCACAUCUAAGACUGUUUGGUUGAGCUAUAGACUGUGUGAAAUUUGUUGUGAGCCGUGAGAUGUUAGAAAGUUGUCAACUUCCACCUGUGGAAAAACCGGAAGUUCCCCCUCAAAAAAAAAAA